GAGAAAUUAGCAUAAAACCAUCACAAUCGCGGUCGAAAUUGCUGAAAACCAUCGGUUUUCCCUUUUAGAAAAAACCCAUCAGCCCACACGUAUCAUUAAACAAAUAACACUAGAGAUGCGCUUAGCAUGUUAUGCCCAAACUGAAAUUUGGGACCCGCUCGACAGAGUCCUAAAAAAACAGAUGGUCCACAGUAUUUCGUAGGGUAACAGCAAAAUAUCUCUUCAAUAUUUUUUGCUAGACGUCUUCUUAACUAUCUGAAUAAAGUGUUGCUGUGUCAUGUGAAAAACAUGGCUAACUUCACUCUUGUGCUGCAUGAAAAACAUUGUAUGAAAUACUAGUUCAGAAGUGGGCAUCCAUGGUCCCCUCUACUAUUGGAAAGCAUGUUUGAUCUAAAUAUGCUAUAACGACGUAUUUCUUCCAUGACGUUGCAAUAUAAGCUUCUGAAUGCAAGGAAGCGCUGAAAAAUUAAGUUCCCAAUGAAACUGUCCCGGCUCGGUGUUUUGUAUAAAACCCCCUUCCCGGCCCUCACUACUCCCAUUAUUCUAUCCUCAUCGCUCGCAUCUGCAUAAUCCAACAUUAUGACCUCAUUGUCCGAUCUCAAGCACCUCAAACGGCUAUACUAUCUGGCUACCAACAAGUUCCUGCUCAUGGCCACCACCAUAACACUAGCAGCCGCCGUCCUCCUCCUACAAGCCGCACAACGGAUUGCCCCUAUAGACGAGCUUCUUUCCCAACUGCGUGAUCUCCAACCCAUCAACCUACUCUUGGCUGCCAUUCUUCCGACCGCCAUGCUUAGAAUCUACUCCUACCUCAUACGUCAUCCUAGAAAUGUGUACCUUGUCGAUUACGCUUGCUUCAGAACAAGCUACAAGUAUCGAGCCCCAAAGGCCACCUUCCUCGAGCAUGCACACAUCUCACCAUUCUUUGGCGAAUCUACCACUAAAUUCAUAGAACGUGUGAUUGAGCGCUCUGGCAUGGGUGAAGACACAUUGGUGCCACCUGCACUUUACUAUGUCGAGCCAGACUGUUCUCUAGAUGAAGGUCGCAGUGAGGCGGAGAUGGUCAUCUUCUCGACGAUCGAUGACCUAUUGGCCAAGACGUGCAUCGCCCUUGAUGCGAUCCACGUCCUAAUCACCAACUGCAGCCUGUUUUGCCCAGUGCCAUCCAUCGCCGACCGGAUCGUCAACGGGUAUGCGCUGCGAGACGACAUCCGCGUGAUCAACCUCUCCGGAAUGGGGUGCAGUGCAGGGGUGACCGCGGUGGGGCUCGCAAAGAACAUGCUGCAGAUCAUUCCUUCGGGAUCACAUGUGUUGGUGGUGUCCACGGAGACCCUUGGUCCGCAAUACUACAAGGGGAAUGUGCGUUCCAUGCACUUGGGAAACAUUUUGUUCCGUGUGGGUGGCAGCGCCAUGCUGUUAUCGACUUGUAAGCACAAGGCCCGGUUCAAGCUUGCACACGUCGAGCGGACGCUCGUCGGUGCAGAUGACGCUGCUUACCGGUGCGUUUACCAAGAGGAUGAUCCUGAGGGAAACAUAGGGCUCACUCUAUCAAAAGACCUCAUGGCCAUCGCCGGAGAAACGCUCAAGGCCAACAUGACCGCAAUCGGACCGCUCGUCCUACCAACCUCAGAGUUGAUCAAAUAUCUAUUUUCCAUGGCAAGAAAGGUGCUCCACCGGAGGAAGAUCAGGCCAUACAUCCCUGACUUCCGAAUGGCGUUUGAGCACUUCUGCAUCCAUGUUGGUGGACCAGCGGUGAUCGACUCCGUACAGCUUGGCCUCAGUCUAUCAGACGAGCAUGUUGAACCAUCGCGUAUGACGCUGCAUCGGUUUGGGAACCAAUCAAGUGCAUCCGUGUGGUACCAGUUGGCCUACAUCGAAGAUAAGGGCCGAAUGCGGAAGGGUGAUAGGGUGUGGAUGAUCGGGUUCGGAGCCGGGUACAAGUGCAACACCGCCGUGUGGGUGUGCAUCCAACCAUCCCCCAAUGCCAAUGGAUCAUGGGCUAGCUGCAUCCAUCGUUACCCAGUGGAUGUCUCCAAAGAAGGUGGUUCAGCUUAGCAAAGCUUUCACCCACAACGUGGACAAACUACAACAUGUGAAAUCACUAUUCUUAACCUAAGAAUAAAACUAGCUGAGUGGACCACUUAAGUAUUCAUCCUUGUAAUAAUGUGAGUUUGAUGUGCCAAACAUGAUGGACGUUUUUAUGGAA